GUUAAUUCUGAAGCUCCAGAAAUAAUUUUUAGAACACGAGGUGGUCUCAGUGUGUCAUUUGACUUGCCAGCAGCUGAUGAAUCAUCCUGCAAGAAGGCACUUGUGCAAGAAUUAACCGAUCUUUCUGAAAAACUUCAGUCUGAGUCCUUGGUGCUUAGUGUCAGGCACAGUUCAUUAUAUGUAUGGCCCAACACUGGAGUCAGCACAUCACCUUCCUCUUUGACAGAUGACUCUCCCUGCAAAGACAUCUUGAAUUUUAUCCAGUUUGAUGAUGAUGAUGACAGGCGCAAAAACUCUAAACGGAAAGAGAAAAGGCAACAAAAAAUGCAACAAGUUGUUAACCUCAGCAUCAUGUUUGAGUUGUCUACCUCCUCCAAAGCGGUAACUCCAAUAAUUACAUACAACAAGCAGAGUCGUCAUUGUGUGAGCUUGACAUUGCCCAUUGACACAGCUGUCUCUGUUUCUUCAGAAGAAAAAUGGAGGAGUGUUUGUGGAAUUCUAGUGAAAGCACUCAAACAACAGUUGACUGAGAUGGAGAGAUGCAUGCUGAAAUAUAUAAAGGGAACAUCAAUUUGUUUGGCAGAACCUUUUCACUUCAUGCUACCAGAAAGUAAAGGCUUUCUGACAGUGGUCUAUCCAGCAGGAGUAGCAGAGUCUCAACUGGAGGACCACAGAAAGGUAUUUUGUGUACCAGAUGGCAUAUGUCCAACAGAAAAUGAAGAGAGACACAUAAAACAUUUCCAAAGUCCAGGAAAAACACGUUUG